CGAAGCGCGUCUCAGCCAGGGGGCGGCAGCGGCAGCAGCAGGGCCGGGCUCCCCUCCCGCUCCCGCGCACAGCGAGCCGCGCCAUGGAGACAUGAGCCCCGCGGCCAGCCGCAGCCGCCGCCUCUAGCAUGGCCCGGGCAGGGAACUAGCCGCGGCCAGCAGCCCGAGCAGCGCCCUCGCUCCGCGCCGCCAGCACGGGGUUCUGAUGGGCCAGCCCGGACCGGGAAGCCGACAGCUCCGCGGGGGAGCUGGAGUGCCCAUAUAACCAUCUCUUGCUGGGAGUGGAAAGAGCAGUGAGAGCACUGACUCUCAGAAGAAUUCCUGUGGAGAGGUCUCAUGAGAGGAACGGUUGCUAGGUAGCUGUAUCCAGUUGGGUGGUAGGCGGAUCCAAGGAUUACCAUGAAGUUUUCGGGAUCCCUGGAGAGCCAGAGAUUGUGUCUCCUCCUGGAGACAGCAAUCUCUAGAGAAGCUCAGAUGUGGAAAGUGCAUAUGCCCAAAAUUCAGCCCAAUCAGGAUGUAGCCAUUUCUCCAGCACAGCGGGAUGAGGUGAUUCAGUGGCUGGCCAAACUGAAGUACCAGUUCCACCUUUAUCCAGAAACACUUGCCCUGGCCGUCAGUCUCUUGGACCGGUUUUUAGCCACAGUAAAGGCCCGUCCAAAGUACUUGAAUUGUAUUGCGAUCAGCUGCUUCUUCCUUGCUGCCAAGACCAUUGAGGAAGAUGAGAGGAUUCCAGUACUGAAGGUGUUGGCCAGAGACAGCUUUUGCGGCUGUUCUCCAGCUGAAAUUCGCAGAAUGGAAAAGAUUAUUCUGGAUAAACUGCACUGGGAUCUUCACAUGGCUACGCCAUUGGAUUUCCUUCAUAUUUUCCAUGCAGUUGCUGUGUCAACCAGGCCUCAGUUACUGACAGUCCUGCCCAAGAUGAACCCAUCUCAGCACGUGGCUGUUCUCACCAAGCAGUUACUGCACUGCAUGGCCUGUUACCAGCUGCUGCAGUUCAAGGGGUCCAUGCUGGCACUGGCCAUCAUCAGUCUGGAACUGGAGAAGCUGAUUCCUGACUGGCUCGCUCUCAUCAUUGAACUGCUCCAGAAAGCACAGAUGGACAGUUCCCAGCUGAUCCACUGUCGGGAGCUUGUGGCCCGUCACCUUUCCACUCUGCAGUCUGCUCUGCCGCCCAAUUCUGUAUAUGUCUACAGUCCCCUCAAGGGUACCCUGCUGACCUGUAACAGAGGAGCAUUCAGAUUCAACCCCUCCUCUGUCCCAGGGCCAGAAUUCUCCAAGGACAACGGCCGACCAGAAGUGCCAAUCAAAGGUACAGCCGGGUUCUACCAGUGUCUACCAGCUCCCACCGGCUGCAAGCAAGCCUCCGCAAAGCGCAAAGUGGAAGAGAUGGAGGUGGAUGACUUCUACGAUGGAAUCAAGCGGCUCUACAAUGAAGACAGUGCCCCAGAGGUGGUGGCGCUAGAAAACGUAGGGUCUGGUUGUGGCGCCGAUGUGUCGAGGCAAGAGGGCAACAGUUCCCCUUGCCCACCUUUACAGCCGGUCUCUGUGAUGUAGCUACCACCGGCGCCAGCGUUCAGAGGAAAGCUACUUUUUAAACCAUGCAAAAUCAGGCUAUGAUGUAUGCGAGAGGGGGCUAGGAAAGAAACUGUAUCUCAUCAGGCUGAACUGAAGAGAGCCAAGAAAACCCUUUUUGAAGAUUUUUUUUUCCCCCUCCUUGUGUGGCUAAUUAUAGUUCAACUAUUAUUUAAGCACUUAAAAACAAAAAAAAGUAUUAAAAAAUCUACAAAAGACCCAAAAAACAAACAAAAAAAGUAGCAAAAAAAAAUUUUUUUUUUCUUUCUAGUGUCAUUGGUUCCCGUUUUUCUGCGACUGUAUUAUAAUCCAUCUUCCAUGUCCAAGAGCUCACAUUGUUCCAGGUUUUCCAGCCAUGCCAUGUCUUUCUGUUCCGAUUUCCUCUUCCUGUUUGCUCUUCCUUUAAUACUCUGCAAGUCUUGUGUGUGAUUCUCUGUACUCUGACCUUCACCACAGAUCUAUUUUUUUUUCCCCUUAACAACCAAAAAUCCUUCUUUAUUUCAUUAGCCGCUUUGGUGUUUUAAUGUAAGAAUAUUUCAAACUGGCUUUAAAGAAAAGAUUGGAAAAACAAUCCUAUGGCGUUUGCAAACUGCCCCACAUUUAAAAAGCCAAAGCAGUGUGAACAUGCUAUAGAAAAGCAGUAAGGUAGCAAGAGGUUUGACGGUGUUUAGUGUCUUACACAAAUAAGAAGUCAUUGUGAUUCGAAACUAAGUGAUUGUGGUUUUGAUUUUAAAAAGUGAAAGGAGUCAGUCAAAUGAUUAGGCCAAUUUGACUAAAAUAUUGUUUUUUUACAUCCACACAAGGAUUUUUGCAGUUAACUGGCUCUCUUGUAGGUGCUCACAAACGGUUUAAUUAAUGCGUGUGUCAAAUGCAACCCGUAAAUUCUGCAACUGAUUUUGAUAUGUUUGUAAAUUUUAGCAUGAGAUCAAUGCUGCUCAGUUAGGUGCUGGGACGGUUCUGUGAUUCUGAGUUUUGGAACGUGUGUAAUUAUAAGCCACAAAAUACCCCAAGUUUUGUGUUUUAUGUAAUUUUUAACCAAAAGUUUAAAAAAACAAAAAAACCCUUUGAAAGCUUGUCCUUUUAAAAUGUUUAAUCCCUGUUCCUCGGAAUAACCUGUCCUGGAUCUUUAGCUCUCUCUGCAGCCCUGAGGAAGAUACAGUGUUCAGAGCCAUUGUACUGAUGGAAGCCUUCUGGUAGCAAUAAAAACAAAAGUUGUCCUUUCA